GGUGGCAGAAGCGUAGGCAGCAGACAGCACCUAAGGCUCCCGGGUGCGUUUGCAACUCCCACAGGGGUCUGCACUGAGGCGGGUGUGGAUGGAGCACACGACCCAGGGUCACGACGGCCCCCGUCCUCAGGGUGCAGACCAGAGGCCGCCAUCCAGGGAGAACUCGGACACUGUGCUGGGACCUUGCCAGCCAGGAGAGCCCUACGUUAGUCUGCUUGGGCCCGGCGCUCCCCCACCUGUGCUCAGCCCACUCCACGGCCCCCCAGGAUGCCCAGCAGAACUGUCCGCUACACCCGCUACAGUCCCGAACGGCGGCGCCGGCGGCUGUUGGCUGAGCGCAGUGUCCGCUUCCCCAACGAUGUCCUGUUCUUGGACCACAUCCGCCAGGGAGACCUGGAGCAGGUGGGGCGUUUCAUCCGGGCCCGGAAGGUCACCCUGGACAUGAUUCACCCCUCAGGCCUGGCUGCCCUGCACGAGGCCGUGCUCUCUGGAAACCUGGAGUGCGUGAAACUGCUAGUCAAGCAUGGCGCGGACAUCCACCAGCGUGACGAGGACGGCUGGACGGCCCUGCACAUCGCCUGCAGCGACGGGUACACCGACAUAGCCAGGUACCUCAUCUCCCUGGGGGCAGACAGAGAUGCAGCCAACGACGACGGGGACCUGCCCUCCGACCUCGUGGACCCCGACUUCAAGGAGCUGGUGGAGCUCCUGGAGGGGACCAGGGUGUACUGAGCCGGGCUUCGGGACGCGCGCCCUCCUCUGCGGAGCCCCCACCCCGGGCUCACGCCCGCCCCCCACUUCUCUGGCCCGGCUUUUUCUCCA